AUGCAUGUGAUCCCUUCGAUCCAACAAAAUAAUGACAUCUUCCCUCCAAAAUUCCGGACUCCAUACAUUGUGACCUUUCGCGCUUUUGAACAACCACAACAUAGUCGUCGUCGUCGUCGUCUACGUCUUAGCAUUUCGAUAGGCCCCCCUCCUAUUCCUGAGAAUCGCACAUCCUCCAAAAACUCCAGAGACCAUGAAUCUUUGAAAUGUUGCUCUUUUCGCCCAAAGGCGACAUCGGUUAGGUUCAUUUCCUGUCCAGAUUUAUCCUUCAAAAUAUUGUGUUCGUCCUCCAAAAACUCCAGAAAACAUGUAUCCACUACCCUUAUAGUUUCAAACAAAAGGAACAACAACGGACACGGUCCAAAAAGCAUUGUACUAGAUCCUCCAAAAACCAUUUGCACAUCCUCCACAAAUUGUCCAGAGAUCAUGAUCCACGCUCGAAUCAAUUUGAACAAAACAAACAUGGACUGUGUCCAAAAGGUUUUUGAAAAAUCUUUCAAAUUCUUGUUGCAAAUCCCCUCAAAAAAUAGUCCAUGUUGACGAUGUCUUGAUUGUGUUUCAAAAAGUCU